AACCAAAGACACUUCGCACAUUCUAUUCGUUUUUACGAAAUUAGACCGUAAAUCUUCUAAGAAAUCCAAACCUAUAAAGAUGGUUUCAGGAAAGGCGCUAUUCCUUGGUGUUUGUCUCUUGGUAUUCGUAGUUGUUAACAAUGCGCCCGUUAAGGCUAGCCCACAGAUUGAACUUAUGGGAGGAUAUGACAUUAUUGGAAUCUGCAUUACAAAUUGUGCCCAGUGCAAAAAGAUGUAUGGAGCAUUCUUUGAGGGCCAUUUAUGUGCAGAAGCCUGUGUUCAGUUUAAGGGCAAAACCAUUCCAGAUUGCGAAGAUUUGAGUUCAAUUGCUCCAUUUUUAAACAAAAUGAACUAAAAUAACUAAAGGAAUAUUGUUCAUACAAAAGCACGGAAUAAACAAAUGUAAAGCUGCAGCACCACGAAAUGUCACUGGGAAAAACACUGAAUAAAAGACAUCCUAUUGACAAAUAAAAAAA